UCAGGCCGGCCAUAUUGACGGGGCCUCCGCUGCCCUCUCUCUCCCUCCCUCCCUCUCUCUCUCUCGAUCCCCCUCUCUCUCACCUUAUAUACAUAUAUUUACAGGCUAAACUCCAGUCCUCAGUUUUUUCUCUGGUCGAAUAAACGUGCCAACGGAAUACAAGUGCUGUGAAUAAAGCGGUUCGGGAUCUCUUUCUAAUCCUGUGCCUCAUUUUCACAGCAUUUCUGGAGUUUUAUUGUCGCUCGAAGAAGAAGAAGAGACGCGGUGCCGCAACACCGAGGGCCUGCGCCAAAAACAUUUGGGUCGUCCUGUAACAGAGGACGAGUUUUCCCUUUCCCCCCCACCCUGAGUAAGCGGCAAGGGAGGAGGCAAAGAUGCCGAAACCGAUUAAUGUACGGGUGACUACGAUGGACGCCGAGCUGGAGUUCGCCAUCCAGCCCAACACCACAGGCAAACAACUCUUUGACCAGGUGGUGAAGACCGUGGGGCUGCGUGAGGUCUGGUUUUUCGGCUUGCAGUACAUGGACAGUAAGGGUUACACCACGUGGCUGAAGCUCAAUAAGAAGGUGACUCAGCAGGAUGUGAAGAAGGAGAACCCUCUUCAGUUCAAAUUCAGAUCAAAGUUCUUCCCUGAGGAUGUUUCUGAAGAGCUGAUCCAGGAGAUCACACAGCGCCUUUUCUUUCUUCAGGUGAAGGAGUCCAUUUUGAACGAUGAGAAUUAUUGUCCCCCUGAGACCGCAGUGCUUUUGGCAUCCUACUCGGUCCAGGCCAAAUACGGCGACUACAACAAGGACAUCCACAAGCCUGGCUAUCUUGCCAAUGACCGGCUUCUACCACAGAGAGUUCUGGAGCAACACAAGCUGACUAAAGAGCAGUGGGAGGAAAGGAUACAGACUUGGCAUGAGGAGCACAGAGGAAUGCUCAGAGAGGACUCCAUGAUGGAGUAUCUGAAAAUCGCUCAGGAUUUAGAGAUGUACGGCGUCAACUACUUUGAAAUCAAGAACAAAAAGGGAACAGAGCUGUGGCUGGGAGUCGACGCUCUGGGUCUCAAUAUUUACGAACACGAAGACAAGCUCACACCAAAGAUUGGUUUUCCUUGGAGCGAAAUCCGUAACAUUUCUUUCAAUGACAAGAAAUUUGUCAUCAAGCCCAUCGACAAGAAAGCACCCGAUUUUGUGUUCUACGCACCGCGGUUGCGGAUCAAUAAACGGAUCCUGGCUCUAUGCAUGGGCAACCACGAGCUUUACAUGAGGAGGAGAAAGCCUGAUACCAUCGAGGUGCAGCAGAUGAAGGCCCAAGCUAGAGAGGAGAAACACCAGAAGCAAAUGGAGAGGGCUCAACUCGAAAACGAAAAGAAGAAGCGUGAAAUUGCGGAAAAGGAGAAGGAAAGAAUAGAGCGUGAGAAGGAUGAGCUGAUCGAGCGUCUGAGACAGAUCGAAGAGCAAACGGCGAGAGCGCAGAAAGAGCUGGAGGAACAGACACGUCGGGCUCUAGAUCUGGACCUAGAAAGACAGAGGGCAAAGGAAGAGGCUGAAAGACUGGAGAAGGAGAAACUGGCAGCUGAGGAGGCCCGAGCAUCACUGGCCAAACAAGCAGCAGAUCAGAUGAAGAACCAAGAACAACUGGCUGCAGAACUGGGUGAGUUUACUGCCAAAAUCGCCCUGCUGGAGGAGGCCAAGAGAAAAAAGGAAGAGGAGGCCAACGAGUGGCAGCACAAAGCUAUUUCAGCGCAGGAGGAUCUGGAGAAGACCAAGGAUGAGCUAAAGACGGUGAUGUGUGCAGCAGUCCCAGCAGGCAUCUCGGUGGAGAACGAGCACGACGAGCACGACGAGAGCAGCGCCGAGGCCAGCGCCGAGCUCUCCAACGACGGCGUAGCGUAUCCAGACACCGAGGAAGACCGACUCACCGAAGCCCAGAAAAACGAUCGUGUCAAGAAACAGCUGCAGGCGAGUCCUUUCUCAUUGUGUACCGAAACCCCAUCCCUCCUCCUCCUCCUUUUUGAAUUUUUUUUUUAUUUCUUCAUCACAAUUGUGUUGCGUGAUCCCUCACAGGCCCUGAGCUCGGAGUUGGCGCAGGCACGGGACGACACGAAGAAGACGCAGAACGACAUGCUGCACGCCGAGAACGUCAAAGCCGGCCGCGACAAGUACAAGACGCUGCGUCAGAUCCGGCAGGGGAACACCAAGCAGCGAAUCGACGAGUUCGAGUCCAUGUGAGGAGCAUCGCCCCUGACGCCUCGCCCACCUUCCUGCCCCAAUCUCAAAGCUGCAGCCCUGAUGCCUUGGCAGCUGGCUUAUAAGCACAGCUUUCAUUCUCAGUUUUUUUGUUUUUGUUUGUUUGUUUGUUUGUUUUUUGAACCAGUCCGUCCCAUUAUAAGACCUUCAACCCAUGGAGCCUGACGAUAGAAUUCUACUCAGCAGAAAGGCUAGGGGGCGUGCUCGCCACGGGUCCCUCCCACAUUGCCAAAGCUCUCACUGUCAGCCAAUCAGGCUGCCUGAUUUCAAGCUCCUCCCACUCAAAUCACCCGUUUAGGAGCAAGCUUUGUGUUUUUUAUGAACUUUCUUUUCUUUAAAAAUGAUCGAGAUACUAAAAAGGUUCGAAAAAUUAGUGAAAAGAGUUCGCAAUUUUAUUUCGAAUGCCCAUUUAUUAGUUCUUUAUCGCUUAAGUCUUUUUUCUUCGUUUAUAAGAACGUUUGCUCGCUUUAUACACUUUAUUCACCUGCUUCGUUUGCAGAAGAGUGUAAAGUUCCGAUUCUUCAGUUCCUCACACGUUUUAUUAACACGCCGCUUUGAUUUUUUUUUUUUAGCAUGUUUCACGCUCGGGUCUUGUUUGGUUUCCCCACUUUUCAGCGUGCACGAGAAAUCUCUCCGUAACAGUGACCCGGUUAACUCGAUUCAUACAAUACCAAUCAAAUAACCAAAACUACGGAUCACCAAAGGGAAGCUGUCGUCCGCGUCUGCAAAAGCUCAGAGCGGGAAAAAAGUUUAGAAGAUGCGCACUGGUUUUCGAGGAAUGCGAGUUGAAGAUUUGGAGACGAUGUGUUUUGGUUUUCUCCCCUCCGUCUUUUUUUUUUUUUUUUUUCGUUCUCAGACUCGCAGUGUUUCAUGUCCAGUCUCCAUAUGGAUGGUUUUCUCUGCCUGCCGGCUCACAAAGGUCACGACAGACAGACAGACAGAGCAGACAGAGCAGACAAUGUGUGUUUGAGGUUGAGCUCGAGUGUGUGUGUGUGUUUAGUUUGAGGUCAAGUGUGUGUGUGUGUGUGUGUGUGUGUGUGUGUGUGUGUGAGUGUGAGUGUGAGAGGGAAUAGAGAACGCCUUUCUGGCCGGGGAGCAUAUGAAAACAUCAGUCCUGCCUGCAGGACAUCUCUCUACCUCAUUACUGUAAAGCGUGGAGACUGAAUCGUCAAACACUGAGUGCGCUGCGAGACAGGGGGCGCCAGUGAGACGGUUUUCUGCUCCAGGUGUAGCAUUACAGUCAUUUCGAUUUGUCUCGGUAUGAAUUCAGGACUCAGUAUUAUGUCCAGAUCCAAGAUUAAGUAGUGUUUGUUCGACCGCUUUGACCACGCGAUCCUCCAGCGUGGACGCCGUACGAUACCAAAGCCGCCCUGACGCAGAAACUGUGAGACUCGAGCAGCACGUCGCCGCGGGCGCGUGUAGGAGCCUCGAGCCCGUGACCGUCGUCUUGUUUUGUUUUUUUUUUUUCUCUAUUUUCUUCCUAUUAGUCUGCAAGACGGCGUUUUGUGCAUAUUUGAUUAGAGAAGGAGGAGUUUGUGUUGUGAUUUUCCUCAACACCUGCUUUUUUUUUUUUUUUUGCGCCUCUCGGUGAGAUUAAAGCGAAUUUAUCCCUCAUGGAUCAUCAGUCCGCUGCGUUACUCCCAUCUUCAUUUGUUUAUAUAAUAACUUCCUUAUAUCUGUUACAUAUUCAAUUGUUUUCCUGUUAACUCCCCCUCCCCUGCACACACACACACACACACACACACACACACACACAAACCCUUUAUACAGAGUUCUAAAUAAAUGAUAAAAGAGGAAUUAUAUUGCGUAAUCUCGAUUUUUCGUUUUUUUGUUUUUACGCUAGCGAAGGCAGAAAUGGUCAAAAAGCACUCGGUGGUUGAGACACUAACUCGCGCUUCAAGCACGUGUCCAGGAUUUGCCAUAGAAAGAAAAUUCUGUGCUUCCACAUUUUUGUAUUGCUUUAUAAAUUUGAACCACCAGAGGCGACACGCUGACUUUCACUAAAGGGUUGCUACUUUAAUGCCAUGACGGUAGAGCAUCGUUGCGGUCACUUGUUUGUUUGGAUGAUGUUUUUUUGUUUAUUUUUUUUCCCCAAUUUGGUGGAUUGUGUUUUGCUGGCAUUGGAGUGAUUUGGUGGAAAAUAACAACCAGAGCAAAAAAAAAAAAAAAAAAGCUGCCACUGCUGCUUCUGGAACCAGCCGUCAUGUUUGCAGUUUUUUUUUUUUUUUUGGUUCCCUCCUUUUUAUGUUUAUAGCCUUCUGUUACAUAGUUGAGCUUUGUCCAUGACUGUUGAAAACUAAUAAUAAUAAUAAUAAUAAUAAUAAAGGAUAAAUAUGUA